CUUCUUAGAAUAAUCUAAAGUAGUGUUAAAGAAAAAAGUAUAAACAUAAGUUCACAUAAAAAAGAUGUUUAGUGCACUAAAAAAAUUGACUUCGCCAAAUAAUAAUAAACAAUUUGUCGAACAAAAUGCCAACAUCAACAAUAUUUCCAACGAUAUUGUCCAAAUGUCUGGGCAAUUGCAGCGAAAAUUCGCAAGAGGUGUUCAAUACAACAUGAAAAUUGUCAUUCGUGGAGAUCGGAAUGUGGGGAAGACAUGUUUAUUCGAACGAUUACAGGGAAAAACAUUCCUGGAGCAGUAUACUCCGACAGACCAAAUUCAGGUUGCCCCAAUUCAGUGGAAUUUCAAGAACACAGAUGAUGUGGUGAAGGUUGAAGUAUGGGACGUUGUCGAUCACGGCAAAGCCAAACCCAUGAAGCAACAAGGACUGAAGUUGAGCGCACAAGUCCCUCAAAUGGAAACUCCCGUACUGGAUGCCGAGUUCCUUGAUGUCUACAAAGGCACUCAUGGCGUUUUGUUGGUUUUUGACAUCACGAAACAAUGGACUUUUGACUAUGUGGUGAAAGAAUUACCAAAAAUUAGUGGCGAUAUUCCCGUACUGAUUUUGGGAAAUCAUUGCGACAUGGCACAUCAUCGUGUAGUCUCGAUGGGACAGGCUUUGGCUUUAAUUGAAGAGCACAAUGUUGAUCGCGCAACAGAAGUAGUUUAUGCUGAAAGUUCCAUGCGAAAUGGCUUUGGAUUGCGACUUCUUCACAAAUUUCUUGGACUUCCAUUUUUGCAAUUGAGAAAACAGACUCUACUCACUCAAUUACAGCGCAACGAAAAAGAUAAUGAGAUUUGUUUGAUGGAAAUUUCAGAAUUUCUCAAAUCCGAAAAUGCUGACUACACAAAGUUCCUUGACAAUCUUGUAAAUAAGCGCCGCGAGGUUGCUGAUCAGAAUUCCGUCAAAUUAGACACUGUACAUACGGCGAAUGGCGCAAAUACUGUUGCCAAUCCCGCAUUAGUGCCUACCAAGAGUAUCAUUAUAGGUGCGGGAAAGCCAAUUGUUGUGCCGCCCAAUCAGACAUGCAGUAACGAAAGUACUUUGAUGAAGACAAUGCUCGACGAAAAGUUGCAGAAAAUUUCCUUAGCAGAUAAAAAGACGCCUCCGCCAGCUUCUACAACGACAUUUAAACAAGCAACAUCCUCUAGUCAAAUCAGCAGUGUGGAUGAAUUUUGUCCCGAAGAUGGAAAUCGACUUGAUACAUCUUUCCUCGACGAUUUGCAGGACAAUAAUUCACGCAUGCCGGUAAUUGCACAAGAGUCUGACAGUGACAACGAAACGCAAGGCAAUCCCCUUGUUGCGAGAUUCGACGAAGAUUACGUGGAUGCCAUUGAAACAGCGUCUCCCAUUAAAACGUCGUCUAACGACAUAAAACCCAGAGUUAAUCCAUUGAGCAAACAUCGCGGUGACCGAAACUCAAGCGACAUCGAAGUCUUCAACAUCAUGGAUGCCAAUCGUUCGCGUCACUCGUCAUCAUCUAGUCUCGAAAUUAAAGUUGACGUCAAUUCAAGCGCAUACACGGAAUUCGAUUCCGACAGCUCAAAAUUUAUGGACUCGAAAGUGCGACGAUCGCCCGAAGGAAUUGAAGACACGACAGCAGAUACGCCAGCUUUGUGCUCAAGUACGGCGACAUAUCACAUCGAUCGAGGAUACACGGUGCAAGCAGAUGUGAACGAUUCCGAAAGUGACGAGAAGGAAAAAGAAAAGAAGAAAAAACACAAGAAAAAGUCCAAAGAACCAAAGAGUGAGCGAAAAGAGAAGAAAGAAAAGAAAUCCAAAAAGAAAAAAUCGAAAGAAAUUUCGUCAGAUGAUGACGCGACAACCAACGUCGUCGCGAAAGAUGCUUAUGAAAUGAUCUAAAUAAAUAAAAAUCGCCUCUAACUAAUUUCUUGAAACGGUUUCUGCGCAAUUUUUUGACGAAUAGUUUCCAAAAAAUAAUUAAAUGUUAACAUUGCACUUUCUAACCAAGAAAAAAAAGCGGAAAUGAUGAAUGUGAAACUGCACUUAAAAAAAUUACUAAAUGUGAAUUGACUCGUUUCGCUUCGAAUAUGCAUUUUUUUGAGUUGAACGAGAUCUCUUAAAAAAACUUAUAUUUAUCUAUAUUCAAUUCAAUGGCCUUUUAUAAUAAAAGAAUAUAAAUCUAUA